AGUGGUUUCGACAACUUCGUUUGCGUAAGUGACAAUAUUUAAUUAAACAAAUUAAAUUUGCCACGUGUAUUCUUGUUCCUGUCUAAAUGAAUGGAACAGCUGAUAAGCAAGGAAAAUAUACUAAUAUAUUCAAGAAUCAACAGCGAAUCUAAUUAUGAUAAUCACCUGGAAGUAGAAUGAGAUUUGCUUUAGUCAUUAAAUGAACGUAAAUAAUGCUUAGUCAAAAAUGUGGGACUUAAUUGAAAUAGUCCUUCAAAUCCUUAAAGAGUAUUUGGGUAAGAUCUGUUUAAUUGGAUUAUGUUGAUGUUGAUUACUCCCUGUGGCUGACAUGGUGCCUGACCCCAUUGAUGAUCACAUUCCUUCUUCCUGUUGUGAUAUCGUUAUUGCUAUACCUCACAGCCCUAGUACUAUACAUUUAUAAAUUACACAGAACAACUCUGCAAAAUAGCUGGCAAACUGGAGAUAAAUGGGAUGCCAUACGAAAGUUUCUUGCAGUCGCAUGGGAUGCUCAUGGGUGGAUAAUGCAUGGAUACGAAGUGGAAGGUCUCGAGAACAUACCAGAUUCUGGGCCAGGGUUGAUAAUCUACUAUCAUGGUGCAUUACCCAUAGAUAUCUAUUAUCUAUUAGCUAAAUUAUUAUGUGUUAAGGACAGAUUGAUGCACACAGUGGCGGAUCAUUUUCUUUUCAAAUUGCCAGGAUUUAGCGUGGUAAUAGAUUGUAUGAAAAUCAUUCCUGGAACUGUUCAGUCAUGUUCAAAUGUACUAAAAGAGGGUAACCUAUUAGCCAUCUCACCUGGAGGUGUAUUUGAAGCCCAGUUUAGUGACCAUUACAACUUAAUGUGGAAGAAACGAAUGGGUUUCGCAAAAGUAGCAAUCGACGCUAAGGCGCCAAUUAUACCAAUGUUUACAGAAAAUUUACGGGAAGGCUUUCGUAACAUCAGUUUUUGUAAGCGAUUCUUUAUGAAGUUGUACUCAAAAUUGAGGUUUCCAGUGUUGCCUCUAUAUGGAGGAUUCCCAGUGAAGUUUGUGACGCAUAUUGGAAAGCCGAUUCCUUAUGAUCCAAACCUAACCCCUGAAGAACUCCAAGUCAAAGUUGCAAAAGCUAUAGAAGAAUUAAUUGAUAAGCACCAAAGAAUGCCUGGAAGUAUACUUAUGGGCAUUUUAGACAGAAUACCUCAAUUCAGGAAACGAAGCCAAGUAAAAUAUACUCGGAAUUCCAACUCAAAACAUACUAUUGAUAAAUUACAUUCCAGUAUUGCGAAAACGCACAUCGAAUAGUUUUAUUGUGUAAAUUGUGUACUUAAUUUAUUUAAAAUUAUUGGUGAUAGAAAAUAAAUGAAUGUUUAUUAUUGAA